ACAUAUGCGCCAGUAAAAAGAAAACUAAGGUUAACCUUAAAACGGGAGUAAUGUUUGGUAUUACGAAAAGUACCGAUAUAUUUAUGGUAAUUUAUUAAAUAACAUCGAAUCAUGUCGCAUUUGGUACCUACGAAGGCGUCCAUGCUCACAAAGCGGGCGUUCGAUUACGAAGAAGUCACGUUCGCGUCUUCCCGUCCAAAGAAAUACCACAAAGAUACGGAAAACGCUGACACCGAUGACACCCCGUUAAAAGAAAACGAACCAACCGUGAAACGAUUAAAGCACGAAGUCGUUAAACUGGGCAUGUCUGGUUUCGACUCUUCCAAACGAGAGGAAGCGAAAAUACAGCAACUGAUCAAAUUGGGCGCUAAACCGCCCAAAAAUAAGAGCAAAAACUACAAAGAGUUGAUGCUAGAGAAAAAAAUGGAGAAGAAAAAAUUGGAGGCCCAACAGAAGCUGCAACAGUUGGGCAAAAACGAGGCGGGCAAGUCGACCGCGAAAGGCAAAAGUUUCGACCGCAAGAGAAGGAAACGAGACGGUCUGCUCGAGAUGUACGGGACAGUUUCUAAAAGACCCAGGAAAUAAAAUUGUGUUUGGUUUCGAGUUGUGUCAAUUGUGAUUGAUUCGGUCACUUGGAUCCAAUCACCAAAUCCCGCCCGUUCAUAACAAUUCGAUCACUUUGUCUCCUUGACCGGUCUGAAAUCACGUGGUGAAUCAUGGUUCAUUUGAAUGAUUUAAGAUUUAAAUGCACAACAUAGACAGACCAUGGAAAAGGUUUGAGAGUAUUGUUAUAAUUAUUCUAUUGUAUUGAGUUACACAUUGAUCCCUAGAGUUGCUUAUUUCUUGAAUUGAAUAUGGAAUGCAUCUAUUUCCACGCAAAUAUUUAAUUUGAACAAAUUAAUGUAUUACUCGUACAACCCAGUAUAUAGCACCUAUUUUGAUAAAAUCAUGAUGCAAUAAAAAGGGAACACAGCUAAAUAUACUAAGUAAAACAAAAAACACAACAAAAAUUCAAAUGAAUCUGAAUCGGUCGUUCGUAUUGUUCGGAUUCAGUGGCUAUUGACGCUUAUGGUUUAUAGCUUGCAGUUGGCAACAAAAAGGAUUGACAUGAACCUUUGAAAUGAUUCAUUCGAUUCUUUUCGAAAUCGUUGAUGGAUUCGGUUCUGGUAAAAUGAGCGAUUGACGGCGGAAGAAUCGCUCAAGUGUGCUUGGAAAUUUUUGUAGUAGAUGGCGCGCCAA